AUGGCCAACGACGAGUAUGAUUUCCUAUUCAAAGUGGUGCUGAUCGGCGACUCGGGCGUCGGCAAAUCGAACCUGCUCAGUCGCUUUACCCGCAACGAAUUCAACCUGGAUUCGAAGUCGACCAUCGGCGUGGAAUUCGCGACCCGCAGCAUCCAAGUCGACCAGAAGACCAUCAAGGCGCAGAUAUGGGACACCGCCGGACAAGAGCGAUAUCGAGCCAUCACUUCGGCCUAUUACCGCGGUGCCGUCGGGGCCUUGCUCGUGUACGAUAUUUCCAAGGUACAGACGUAUGAGAACGUCACUCGAUGGCUGCGAGAGCUGCGCGAUCACGCCGACAGCAACAUCGUCAUCAUGCUUGUGGGUAACAAGAGUGAUUUGCGGCAUCUACGCGCUGUACCGACAGAUGAUGCAAAGGCCUUUGCGAGUGAAAAUAGUCUCUCUUUUAUCGAGACCUCCGCUCUCGAUGCAAGCAACGUCGAACUCGCAUUUCAAAACAUUCUCACUGAAAUCUACCGGAUUGUCUCGAGCAAGGCACUCGACCAAGGCGACGCAUCUCAGAACCCCAUCGGGGAACGCCACACCGUGCAUCUCUCCCCAUCGGCGGACAAGGAGGCGAAGAAGCCGAAUUGCUGCUAG